CUUGCUUUUGCUUCCCUUUCAUGUUGCAAUGUCAACGUGGUCACUUGAUGGGCCGCAGACAAGUUAGAUCAAAGAAGCUACGCAUUCCGCUAAGCCCAUCUGCACCUGCCAUGCCCGUGGAGCCGGCAGCUGAUAUGUUCGGCAAGGAAGGAAGCACGGUGCAGGUCGUUUGCAACCACUUUGUAUUGAGGAUUGAGGCGCCGGAACCAUGGUGUGCAUGGCAGGUGCAGAUGGACUUGGUGGGUGCUCCCCGCAGGGGUGAGAAAGAAAGGACUCCGCCUAUGACUGUUGGGAUGCGACAGGCGGCGAUGAAGAACCUUCUUCAGGACCGCCAGGACCUCAACGCUGCAGAUUGGUGCUACGAUGGCGACCUCCGCCUGUACACCAGAACGGCGACGGUGCAGGUCAUCCGUUCGUCCAGCACAUCCACAGUGCAGCUGCGCAAUGCCCAAAUUCAGGUGAAGAUCACCGAGGUCAAGGACCCAAAUGGAAAGCACCAGGAGCUUGACUUGCAGAGACUCGAUACUGAGGAGCUGCGGUUUAUACAUGUGGCAAUGAAACAGGACUCUCAUGGCGACGAGGAGAGGGUGGUGGUUGGCCAGAAGGUGGUUUGUCCGAAGCUCCAACUGGCUUGCAUGACGGAACGUUCUUUGCUGUAUGGCCGUGAGGUAUGGAUGGGCUACAUGGCGAUGGUGCAGCUUGUGCAGAGCAGAAGGGGAAGAACUCCAACGCUGCUCUUGAACCUUGUUUCAAGUGUGGGCCUUCCUGAGAUGCCUGCGAUUGAGCUUUUGGCACAUUUCCUGAGGGGGAAAUGGACCAACAAGGAGUGGAUUGAGUAUUUGGGACAGGGACACGGUGAGCGAGAUGUGCAAGGAAUCAUCGACACACUCAAUGGUCCACUGGGUAUGCGUGGAUUGCGCGUGCAGUAUCAGGGUAAGAAGAAGAUUGUGAGUGGUAUAACUCAGAAGCCUGCUCGUCAUCUCUGGUUUUCCCAUGCGGAAUAUGGCAAUGUUUCUGUGCAAGAGUACUUCUUAAAGAAGUACAACACGGAGCUGAAGUAUCCACACUUGCCAUGUCUUCAGUGGGGCCAGUCCUGUGUCCCCAUGGAGUUGGUGACGAUCCUUGGUGGACAACACAACAUCGAGGCUGGCAAGCAGAGGCCAGAGUACCAAGCGGCACUCGCCAGGAUGACUUUGAGCCCCCAUGAUUGGCUGCAGGAAAUCCAGAGUCUAUGCCAAAACCAGCGCUUUGGUCCUCAAACGUCGUUGCACAAUCUGGGCCUCGAGGUCACACUUGAGCCGAUGAUGGUGAUCGGACGCGUGCUGCCUGCACCAGGUUUGCAGGCGAAGAACUCUUCGCUACUGGAGCCCAAUAGCUAUGCCAGGGAGGUGCAGGCCAUUGCUCCGCCCAAGUUUCAGGUGAGCUGGGGUGUUUGGUGCUUUGCCAGCCAGGGGCAGCAGAGCGAUCUGGACUGGUUCCUUGAGGAGUGGCAGCGCAAGGGACAGCAUCACGGCAUCAACUUCGCCCCAAAGCCAUACCCGAAACUUUGGGGACAUCUUGUGGAGGAGGAGGAUCAAGUGAAGGAUAUGAUCAGCAAGUUGCUUCAAGAUCACAAACGUCCUAAGUUGCUUUUGGUUCUUCUGCCUGGCAAAGGCAACACCUUCUACCCGUGUCUGAAGACCUUGGCUGAUACAGUCCCUGGCUUUGCCACUCAGUGUAUGUUGUGCCAAGGGAAACGAGACCAAACACAGUUCCAAGCCUUGUCCUCCAAGCUUGACAACGUGCUGCUCAAGGUGGUCAACAAGCUUCCUUCCACGAAAGACGCAGGUGCCGCUCACAGUGUAGAGCUCGCCCAGCCACACCGCAUCUUGAGCUCCAAGACGAUGGUGAUUGGAGCUGAUGUCACCCAUGGUUGCGGAGGCCUAUCAGUGGCAGGGGUGGUGGGCAGCUGUGAUGGCAGCUUCGCCAGCUAUUUUGCCAUCCCGCGUGCGCAAAGCCCUUUUGCCCUCAAUGGGGAGAAACGACGGAGCCGACGUAGCGAGGAGAGGAUCGUGGAGUUCGAAGACAUGGUUCAGGACUUGUUGCAGCUUUGGAAGCGGGACAAUGGAAGUUUCCCUGAAAACAUAUUGUACUACAGGGAUGGGGUUUCAAACGGUCAGUUCAGCCAGGUCUUAAAUUACGAGAUGGCUGCGAUGGACAAGGCCUUCCAGAAGUUUGACAUUCGACCCAAACUUUUGGUUCUCGUAUGUCAGAAGCGGCAUCAAACCCGCUUCUGGAAGAAAACUGACAGCAGCAGUUGCAAAGGCAAGGGCAAGGGCAAGAAUUGUAAAGGCAAGAGUGUGGAAGGUCAGUACGAGAACGUGCCGCCUGGUUUUGUGGCAGAUGAGGGCAUUGCCGCCACAUCGGGUUUCCCGAACUUCUAUUUGGUCGCUCAUAAAGGCUUGAAGGGCACAUGCCGUCCCUGCCAUUGUAGCGUUCUGCACAAUGACCUUAGCCUCAACAUGGAUGAUGUACAGAGGAUCACAUACGAGCCCUGGCCCACAGCUUAUAAAUUGUUGCUUAACAUUGGUGUUUUUUGUCCUUUCUCCUUUUUUGGAAGCUGUUCAGAUGAAUGAUGUUUGGAUGAAUCAUGAUGAAUCACGGUGGUGGUUUGUGGUGUGGACUGAAUUGCAACCACAGGAGCUAUGCCACUUGUAUUCUCGCGCGGACAAGACGGUGUCCUACCCAGCCCCGGCCUACUAUGCUGACCACUUGUGCGAGAGGACAAAGUUGUACCUUGAGACACUCUAUAAGAGUGACAUCGGUGAUAGCGAUUCCACAAGCACGGAGAGGAUAGUCCAAGAGGCGGAAGAACGCGUCCAAGAGUUCAACCAGACGCAUGCAAAGAAGCUUGCUGCUGAAUUUCAGCAAGGUCGACACUUCUUUUGCUGAGGUUGACGCAAGAGGCCAUUGGCAUGCUGCAGGCUUGCUAGCGUGAGUUCGCCCAAGACAUUGUAGUCCUUGCAGUCCCGGACUCCUCCAGUGUUGUCGAAGGUUAGCUUGUCGAGGCUGGCCGCUGCCGCGGAUGGCAGGGCGGUGCACCCGCCACCCGGGCCUUAGCGAAAAGUACAGAGCUGGGCCCGUGACAUCAAAAACAUUUACCAAAUGGAGAGAAAAA